AUGGCAAUUAGCUCUCUUUACCUUCCUGAUGGCUCAUGUGCAUAUUUGACUCCAAUCCAUCUUUGGGCCGAGUUAUAAAUGUGGUGCUGGGGAGCCAGCAGGAGUUGAGCUGGGGCUGGGACAGGAGAACCAUGCUGGGGACAGUCCUGCUCCUGCUAGCCCUGGUGAGGCCAGCGUGCCCACGUAGCCCAUCCUCAGAUGGUGCAGCAAGCCGACGAGCUGAAGCACUUAAGAUGCUCCUGGAAGUCUUUGGCAUAGAAGAUCCCCCGCCGCCCCCAGCUCACUUCAAGCGGCCGCCCCAAUACAUGGUGGAUCUAUUCAACACCGUAGCCAACGCGGAUGGUGUCACCAAAAACCCCGACAUCCUGGAGGGGAACACGGUCCGCAGCUUCUUGGAUAAAAUUCACAGUGAUAAGAUGCAUUUCCUCUUCGUCCUGUCCAGCGUGGCCAAGAACGAGAAGAUCCUGACAGCAGAGCUGCAUCUCUUCCGCCUCUGGCCAAGGGCCACCGAUGGGCCUAAAAGGCAUCACUUCUGCCAGGUGAGCAUCUACCAAGUUCUAGACAAGACCAAACCAGACUCCGCCGAAGGGAAGAAGCUGCUGGCAGCCAGACUCAUCUCGCUGCAGGGCUCAGGCUGGGAGGUCUUUGCCAUCACGCAAGCUGUUCGUGACUGGACAGAAGACGAAACCAGCAACCAGGGUUUGUUGGUCAUGGUCCACAGCCUGGGCGGGGGCCCGCUUGACCCCCCUGUCGUGCAGUUUGCCUCUGGCCGGGACCACCACGAGAGCAAGAAGCCCAUGCUGGUCCUGUUCACGGAUGACGGGCGCCGGGGAGCGUCCCUGCCUACAGCCGGCUUCUCAGGUCCUCAGGCUCCCAUUCUCCCUGCUAAGAUGACGGUGCCAAAACUGAACGGGCCACGGAGCACUCGCUCGCUGGACCGGCUCCAGCCCUGCCAGAGGCAUCCCUUGUCUGUGGACUUUGAGGAAAUUGGCUGGUCUGGGUGGAUCAUCUCACCGCGGGGGUACAAUGCCUACCACUGCAAAGGCGCCUGCCCCUUCCCGCUGGGUGAGAACAUGCGGCCCACGAACCAUGCCACCGUGCAGUCCAUCAUCAACGCCCUCAAGCUGAGCGAGGGCGUGAGCAGCCCCUGCUGUGUGCCUGACAAACUCUACUCCAUCAACCUCCUCUACUUUGACGAUGACGAGAACGUGGUCCUCAAGCAGUAUGAUGACAUGGUGGCUGGGAGCUGUGGCUGCCACUGA